CAUUUCAACAAAGUGCUGCUAGCUAAAUGGUGAGUUUCCAGCAAACGAAGUCAUGUGAAGCGAUCAUUGCUAAGAACAGUACAGUAGAAAACAAUAAUUCUACAUGAUCACACAUGGGGCCAAUAAUUUGCCUCAUAUUCUUCUUCUUGGCUUAACGACCUGACAGGUCACGCCGGCCAUUUCUGGCUUACUAGACCUUAUUUUUACCACGUAGCCGGAUAGUCAGUCCUUGCUACGGGGGAACGGUCCGGAUGGGAUAUUAUCCGGAUGGGCCUCAUAUUACACCCAGAAUAAAUAUCAUUUAUUUUAGAUUACAUAAACUAGACAUCGUUGUGUAGCCGAUUAUUUGAUUUGCUUAGUGUAAUGGUUUAAAGAACCCUGCACUCCAAUUACUACCGAUUGAUUUGUAAUCAGUAGAUUUCAUAAACGGUGCACAAUCACCUACCGUUUAAAGCAAUAUGUGCAAACAAACGUUUCAAAGAGUCAUUAUGUUAUCAAAUAUGUAUAUAAAUGCAAUGGGCGGCACGCAAAGGAUCCUUAAUUCUAGCCGUUGUUUUUGAUGUCUUAACACCUUUGAAGCGCUAAUUGGCAAAUUAAAAGAGGAUAGUAGAACAUCUAUCGAAGACACACGAAUCAAAUAUUCGUAUACAUAAGCACUUUGAUACAACAAUCAGGCAUGAUUUAACACUUACUUUAGAAUCAAACGAGAAGUGUUACUGUAACCAUGAAGUUUCUUGAAAUCGACGAUCCUCGUGAUGUGCUCCCGAUUGGUUGCAAAAUGCUUAAGCUUUUCGGUUUACCACGCGACGCAAGCUUCAAAUACUGGUUCUGGUUGCAAUAUGCAGUUUACAUAGUUUUUGGUUUGAUAACGCGAUUACUCAUGGACAUCGACGAACCAAUCGCUCUAGUGCGCGUAGGAUCCGAAAUUGUGUUUACGAUAUAUCUCCUCACAGCGAUGAUCGCUCUAUACAGUCCGCGUAAUGAUAUAUACCAAUUGGUCGACAUGUUGCAAGAAUGUGUGAAUAAAUCUUACACGGAAAAUAUUCACUCAUUUCUGAUCCGUACAAACACUAAAAUUAAUAACUCAUCAGUGAAAUAUUGUAAAUUAUUCCUGUAUGAAUCUAUGGCUUACUUCGGGUUGCCCUUGAUUGCAACGUUUGUCGUGUGUGUGAAAAACAUGCGGAACUCCACAGGUGAACAGGAAGAAUAUGUCCUGCCCACGGAGCUGAAGUCAGUAUUAGCAUUAUAUCAAAUUAUGUUUAUUACAAGAAUACUUUUCUAAUCCUCAUCUAGCUUUUACUACUUGGAAAUUCGUUACAAUCUGCUUAACUAUUCAAUUUACAUUUUGGUGGUUACUGCGUUAAAUUUGAUAGGCGCACUUAUAUUGUGUACUAAGGACGUGGUACAUUUUUCUCUUAUUCGAACUGUAUCAAUGUUGUUCAAAGUCACCGCCAUGCAAAUUCGGGAACUACCACCAGCGGCCUCACAAGCCGACAUUAAUGUUGUCAUACGGUCACAUCGCAAUACCCUUCAAUGUGCUACAAAAUUACAGCAAGUGAUGAAUAUGGCGUUAAUGAUACAGCUUACAUCCUGUAUCGUCAUCUGGUGUCUGAUGUUGUUCUACGUACUGUUAAUGGGAAUUUCUUCCAAGGUACUCAACAUUUCCUUACUUAUCUUUCUUAUGACAUUCGAAACCUACAUGUACUGUCAAUUAGGAACAGAAUUCACUGAUUCGGCUGAUCAAGUGUUCAAUGCCCUACAGCAACUAACCUGGUACGAACAAUCCGUACCGAUCCAAAAGCAACUUUACUUCAUGAUACAACAUUCCCAGAGAUCCAUCGUAUUGAAAGCGGGAAAACUGCUUCCCGUCAAUAUUGCCCAGUUUAGCGAAAUUGUUAAGAAAUCGUACUCGUUCUAUCUCGUCCUGAAGGAUGUGUUCUAAU